AUGCUCUGCACCUACAACGCCAGGACAGUCUCCACCAACGCCGACCUUUACGCUCUUCUUGAAGCUGCAGGGCGCAUCAACUACCACGUAAUCGCCCGCCUUGCAGGAAACAAGAUCCAGGAAGACGGACGCGUUGGAUUUGUCGUACACCCAUCUGCUGUCCAUCUUGUCCAUUCGCAUGAGAUCCUAUCACCUCGCCUGGCUAUCCUUCAACUCCGUCCUCUGCAUCAGAAAGCCAUCACUCUUAUCAACUGUUGGAUGGAGGAUUUGGAGGAAGUCAUCCGCAAAGAAAACUCCUUCUAUAAGUUCGUCGUGGGUGACUUCAAUGCGAAAUCGGGAUGCCAGAAGAAGGGGAGCAUAGGAGCGGGAGAUUUGGAUCAGGAAUUCGGGAUGAAAAUGGUAACCGUCUUAUUGGGCUCUUAUCCGCCGUACGACUUUUUCAUGGCAACUCCAUUUUCAUAAAG